AUGUAUUACGAAAGCAUGGUCGAGACGUGGUUGAAAGACCACAAACUGAAAACCCCAGAGAUGCAGAACGAGCCAGCAUUUUACCGCAAUUUAGAGCAACGGCUGGAUACCCUACGCGCUGAGCACAAGCUCCUGACUGCCAAGCCACGUUGGGAUACGCCCAUGGUGGACUUUGCGUCCAACGAUAUUCUGUCUCUCAGCCGAACGGGGCGAAUCCGGGAAGCCUUCUUGCAAGAAAUAUCCAGACACGAGAACUGGAACCUAAGUGCCGGCGGAUCUCGGCUCCAGAACGGAAACUACAACUACAUCCUCGAGGUGGAGAGGGAAAUGGCCGAAUUCUUCGGCUCUGAAACGGCCUUUUUUGGAAAUUCCGGGUUUUUAUGCAACGCCGGCAUCACUGGCUGUGUGGCCCUACCUGGUGACUGCUACGUCUUUGACGAGCUCGUUCAUGCCAGUGCACACGAAGGGAUGAAGCUCGGUCGGGCGUCGCACAAAGUCUCCUUCCGGCACAACGACGUCAACUCUCUCCGCGAGACGCUGACCAACCUGAGAGAAACACAUGCCGAGUUCAAGCUAGGAACGCAGUCCAUCCUCAUUCUGAUUGAAUCCAUCUACAGCAUGAACGGGGACGUGUGCCCUCUAGAAGAGUUUGUCCAUGUGGCCAAGCAAGUCUUCCCACUGGGCAAUGCCCAAUUCAUCAUUGACGAGGCGCACUCCGUCGGCGUACUGGGCCCCCAUGGCAGAGGCCUAGUCUCCAUGCUGGGACUGGAGAAGGAGAUUGCGAUUCGGGUCCACGUUUGCAGCAAGGCCAUGGCAUCUACCGGCGGCGUAAUCUUGUGCAAUAAAACUGUGCGUUCGUUGAUGAUGAACCAAAUGCGUUUCGCAGUCUACAGCGGCGCACCGUCGUUUCCCAUGGUCGCAUCGGCUCGAGCUGGCUUGCAGUUGUUUCGAAGUGGCGGGACACACGAGGAGCAGGAGCGGAUUCAAAAGACAAUCUCGUACUUCUUCAAACGGCUUACGAGCAAACCGGAUUGGCAGCAGGCCGUGGCGGCGGGCUUGCUGUCUUGCCCUGUUGCUGAAGGGUGGGAGCAGCGCCAGUUCCAUGCGCAUAUUAUACCGAUUAGAACUCGGCCGCGCCACGAGCAGUACUUGUUCUUCCAUAAUAUGCUUGCCAAUAUCAUGGCUUACAACUUUGCCUAUCCUGUCGUGCCAAAGGGGGAGAGCCGUAUUCGCAUUGUGGUCCAUGCGCACAACACCGAGGACGACGUCGAUAAACUGGUCGCCUCCAUCUGUCAAUGGGCGCACGAGAUGUUGGAUCUGGAGAAAUGCGGUUCGAAUAAUACUCUUCCGAGUGCGGCGAGCAAGGUGUUUGCAUCACAAGCCGCAGUCAAGGCGUAG